CAAAUAGGAACUAGUAGGCUGUUUAUAAUAAGAACAGGACUGAAUAAAUAAGCAACAGCUUAUAAUAAAUAGCUAGAGUCUCUAAGUGAAAUGUGUUUUAAUUAGUAUUGUCGCUGGUAGUAUCUUUUAAAAGUAGUAAGCUUUCCUUUAACAUUGUAAAACGGUUAAUCGGAAAAAUCCAGGAUCAGGUCUCGCCGCUCCCAACUAGUGUUUUGAUAGUCUGCAGCACGACCACGACGCGUCUGCGUGUAUGCGCACAUUCACCAAUCAUGUUUAGGAUCUGACGCAUGCGCAUGACAGCACAGUACCGACCGCUGUCUGUCGAUCGCAGGUGUCAACGGAGCAAGCGUCCCUGCAGCGGCGAGUCAGGAAACCUAUCUGUCCCGUCGACAAAAACAUCAGUCCUCCGGAGUCGCCGGCACUACAGAACGGACGGCCUGACAAUGCUCGAAUGAGACCGUGAGCUCGCGUCUGUUGCCAGGGCAGGUUUAAGCGAGGAAGAGGGCGGCUUUCCGGGCUGUAGACAGCGGGCUCGCGGAGCGUCUUCAGCGGGGAGCGCUGCGGUCCUGCUGCCGCCGCCACCGCUACAGCUGCCGCUAAAAUGUUCGUACAGGAGGAGAAGAUCUUCGCAGGCAAAGUCCUGAAGGUCCACGUCUGUACAAUGGAGGGAUCCGAGUGGUUGGAGGAAGUCACGGAAGACACCACAAUAGAGAAACUCAAGGAGAAAUGCUUAAAGCAUUAUGUCCAUGGAAGUCUAGAGGAUCCUAAAACCCUUACACAUCACAAACUCAUUCAUGCUGCCACUGAGAGAAUUCUCACUGAAUCCAAAACAGUCUCUGAGGAAAAUCUUAAAGAUAAAGAUUGUUUAAUACUGUUAAAGAAAAGACCUCCACCAGCUCCACCAAAAAUGACCGACAUAUCUUCUGAAGAGAAGAAGAAGCAAGACAACAAAGCUCCAGAUAAGGAUGCCAUCCUCAAAGCCACAGCAAGCCUGUCCACUCGUAACACUGACCGUACAGUAACACAGCACAACAUCAGAGAUUUUCAGACAGAGCUGAGAAAGAUUCUAGUUUCGCUUAUCGAGGUCGCUCAGAAGCUGCUGGCUCUGAAUCCUGAUGCUGUAGAGCUUUUUAAAAAGGCCAAUGCCAUGUUAGAUGAGGAUGAGGAGGACCGCGUGGAUGAAACGGCCCUGCAGCAGUUGACUGAGAUGGGUUUCCCUGAGAGUCGUGCUGUGAAGGCUCUGCGCUUAAACCACAUGUCUGUGACCCAGGCUAUGGAAUGGCUGAUUGAGCAUGUUGAUGACCCCAUGGUUGAUGCGCCUCUACCAGGACAGGAGAGUCCAGGGGCAGCCGCCGCUGCAGCGCCUGCUCCAGGAGCCUCUGCCACAGCUUUAGCAGCCCGUGCUCGUUUGAUCUCCCAGGCCAGCAUAGACGAGGCCAAACAGGAUGAACUGACAGAGAUCUUUAAAAGGAUCAGAAGAAAAAGAGAGUUCAGACCAGACUCACGGCAGGCAGUGAUUGCACUAAUGGAGAUGGGCUUCGAUGAGAAGGAAGUGAUCGAUGCUCUCCGCGUCAAUAAUAAUCAACAGGAUGCAGCUUGCGAAUGGCUGCUCGGUGACAGAAAGCCCAGUCCUGAGGAUCUGGACAAAGGCAUCGAUACCAACAGUCCACUGUUUCAGGCUAUCCUGGAGAACCCCGUUGUACAGCUUGGUCUCACAAACCCCAAGACUCUUCUAGCAUUUGAGGACAUGCUGGAGAAUCCGCUGAACAGCACACAGUGGAUGAAUGAUCCUGAGACGGGUCCCGUCAUGCUCCAAAUCUCCAGAAUCUUCCAGACACUAAACCGCACAUAAGCACACCUCAUCGCUGGAGCAGCCGGAACCACAGUGCAGGGGAAAAUGUAAAUCGUUUAUAAGAGAACUGUGUGAGUUUGUGUGUGUGUGUGUGUGUUUGUGGCUUAAUUAUUGUUUUAAGUGGGAAGUCACAGAUGAUGAAUGUAAAAAUACUAUGAUGACAUUUUCACAUCAUGAUAUACAGAGGAAAAUAUCUAUUUAUAACUUUACUCAAGACUUGUACAAAGCAGUAACAUAAAGAUAAAUCGCUAACUACAUUAUUUAGUUUUUUAUGUUUUAGGAAGAUCUGUUUUUAAUUAUGUUAAGCACAUGCUUUAUUUUAUAUCAUUUCCCUGUGUAACUGUACAAUUAGUCAUCUAAAAAGAAAAAAAGGAAUUUUGUAUGUUACUUGUGCGCAAAGAUCAAAUUAUAACCAAAUUAUAUGACAGCUCACACAGUACAUUUGUCAUAACUGAAUGUUUCUACUGGGAGGUAAACAUAUAUUCAGUUAGUUUUAUUAUUGGUUCAAAAACAAUUAUGUGAUAUAAUAGAUGUUCCUUACACCCACAUGAACUGAACAUAUGUUGGGGGAAAGCGAGCACCAGCAGUUUUUCUGCAAUUCAUUUAAAGAUGAUUCAAACAUGGUACAGAUAUGUGAUGUGGAGCUGACGGAAGCCCCUUGCGUACGCUGAUAUAUGAUAGAUAAUGAAAUCUAACCUGAUCCCUUUGUUUCUUAUAUCUCUCAUUCUAUUCAUCUAUAAACAGACUAUUCAGGUGGAAUCUGUCCAAAUAGACACGAGUCAGUUUUUGUUUUGUCCUUUUAGAACAAAAAUGUUAUAUACGUAAAUGAGUACUGGAUCGUUACCUUACUUUACUAGCCCCUGCAUCAGGGGUUUUCAAGUGAUGUAUUGCAGUACCUUUUUAUUAUCCACUAUUAUGAUCAAGCUGCUGCCUCUAUAUUGCUGUACUUACAGCAGGCUGGGAAAUCAAGAAACUUGUUUCUGCCAUGGAAAACAAUUGAAAUUUACAUUAUAUUAUUUUAUACAAUUUAUAUUAUUUCUAUAAAACAGUUUAUAUUUUACAAUUCAGACUUUUCCUCUGAGAUUUGUGAAUUAAAUCUCACAUUAGCAUGUUAUGAACUUAUAUUUGUGAACUGAAAGUUCUACUAUAUUAUACUAAAUGCCUAGAAUUCUGAAUUUAAGUUUGGUGUUGUGAAUGAGUCAGGAUUGUGAGAGCGUGCUAUUUCAAAAAUCACAAUAAAUAAAUAAAUAAAAAUGAAAACUGCAAUAGUGAGAUAUAAAUGAAGAAUUCUGACUUUCUUGCAAUUGCAGGUUUAAUUUGGAGGUUUCUUAUUGUCAGCAGUGGGUAUUGUUUCACUAAUUAAUCAUUUGAAAUUAAAUAAUGAAAAAAUGACUUUUCCGGAAAUUUCCGAUUGGUUGUUGGUUUAUAAACUUUUUUUUUAUAGAUUUUUGUUAGUACAUGUCGUUCUUAGGAUUUAAACUGACUGAUGAUACUAGGCUGCAGGACUUAUUUAAAACAAUACAAGUAAACAAAUUUAAAAUCAGGACAUAUUUAAGUAUAUAAAUGAAGAAAUCUGACUGACUUGUCUGUAAUUGCAAGUGUGAUUUGUAUUUUUUUCAACAGUUGCUAUCUUAAAAGCCUGCAGAUGUACAAUUGUAAGAAAUAUAUACUAAAAUCUUUAUUGUUAGCAGUGUGUAUUGUUGUACUAAUUGAUCAUUAAAAAUGAAUUAAUGAAAGAAAAAAAGAGCUUAAUUUCCACAAAUAUCUGUUUGGUUGUUGGUUUAUUUACAUUUUUUUUCCCCCAUAGAUUUUUGUUAGUACGUGACUUUCUUGGGAAUUAAACUGACUGAAGAUGCCAUAGGCUGUGGACCUACAGGACACAUUUAAAACAAUUAAAAAAAGGUUAUUUAAAAUCAGGACAUAUUGGAAUUUAUAAAUGAAGAAUUCUGACUUGCUUGCAAUUGCAAAUUUAAUUUGUACUUUUUUUUUUGAAAAACAAUUGCUAGUUUGUAUUUUAAAAACCUAGAGAUGUACAAAUAGUGACAAUUUGUCUCACAAGUUUCAAGUUUUUGUCUUUCAACUCUCAAAUUUCUGAGAAAAAGUCUGAUUUGUCACAUAUAAACUUAGAUUUUACUGGUUUAAAUCACAAGACAAAAAUUGUGUUAUUUAAAAAGUAACCCUAAUUGCUUCCAUUUUUUUAUCCUGUGGCAGAAACCAGUUUCCACAUUGAAGAAUGGUUUGUGCUAACUAAAAUAAAGAGUUUUCCUUAAUGAAUUUAUUCUACUACACAAGCUUGUCUCCUAAUAUUUGUUGUGUUUACUGACAGGUAUGCAUUAUGUCAUCCAACUUUUAACCUUGCACUUAUCAGUCGUCUGCAUUCGUUAUGUACAAUAAUUCAGAUUCUAUUCUCUUAUUUUAAACUACACAUUCAUCUGGGAAAAAACCCCAUCUGGGGUGAAAUGCAAAAAACAUCAUUUACAGUGAAGAUCUUUUUUAGGUGAGCAUCUGUUUUAAAUACAAGUACUUGGAUUAUUAAAAAUAAAUGUUUAUUUACUUUUUUCGUCAAACUCUAGUUUGUAUUUCAAUUAAUGAUUUGGAUUUUUUAAUGUUUCACUAACACAAAAGCGCUCAUACCAAACACUAUUUUUUGAUUCAUAGAUAAUUGCGUGAAUUAGAGAAUGAAAUAUACUUUUUUCUUCUUCGUCGUCGUCUUUUUGGCCAUGCGUGGAGUGUUUUCCAUUCAAUAUUUGAAUCGUGUUGGUGUGAAGUGUGUGCUCAGGGGUUUCUUAGCCAUACCGGGCAAAUAUCUGCUAUAUAAUGCCUACUUUAUCAAUACAAAUACAGUAGCGUAGUGAUCGCAUUAUCAGAAGACUCUAUGAAUAUAUCUGAAAUCCUGCUCUUUAAAUAAGAACGUGCUAUCCUUGUGUGUUAUUUAUUUUGAGGCCAAAUAUAACCAAUCAUGAAAGCAUCCCUAGAGAAAUCAUGCAAUUUUAACACCAUUGUAGAAGACCUCACCUAACGGUACACUGUUCACUUCAUUGUCCGAGUGGCCUCAAAUGUGCUUCAGGGUUAUUUUGAACACAUUUAGCAUUUAAAAUUCUCAGUUGUCUUGAAAAAUAUACAUUUUCUUUGGUCUUAAGAGAUGUGUAGUUUUAGUUUUCAAGGACUAGAAAGAACAAGCUUCUAUGCAAUUCAAAUAAUUUUUGUUGCCUCAACAGAUGACAGGUUUCAGUUUCAUUUGUGGUAUUUAAUGUGCAUAUCUUGUUUUAAGGAGGGAUUUGUUUUGGCAUCAUGGGUAAACUCUGUUAGGUAGGAAGUGCUGUAUGAUUUCAGUAUUUUAAAAUGUUUGAUGUACUGUUUAGAAAUGCUUAUAUGAUGGAACAGUGUCAUUUUAAACCCUGAAAGUGUGGUGAAAACCUGCAAUAUAUGAUAGCUCAUAAUUAAAAUUUUUUUUUCUUCCAUAUUUUGAAAAGGUUAUCGUGUCACAGAAGUUCUGAAAUCUAUUUCGAAGGUCUGGUGCUUUUGUGUUACCAUUUACGGAUCUUUUUUUGUGUCCUUUCUACAUGUACAACAUUACUACGUUUCACUUAGGGCCCCCACUGUCUGAGAGCUAAAAUGUAUAACUUUUCUCAAUCCAGUUGUUGAAAAGUCUUUUCAUGACAAAUAAAAGAAAAGUUUUGAAA